AUGGAUGAAAUACGAGAGGCAGCUCGGGCUUAUUGCGACAACUUCUCGGACGAGCAGAAACAACGCGCCUCGCAAUUCUUCCAGUUGCUGGACGCAGACGGAGAUGGCAGAGUUAGCACCCGAGAGUUCUUAGAUUUCCUGCUGAAGGAGGAACGCAUAGCACCAGACCUGGUUCCACAGUUGUUCCAGAAGCUGGACGCGAACGGCGAUGGCGUCCUUGAUUUCUGGGAAUGCAUGACGUUGUACUACAUGACGCGUGCCGGAAGAUUGGUGUUCUGCAAUGGCUGUGGAAGCUAUUUGGAUGGAAUCCGAUUCGCUUGCGUUCCGUGUUUCGGGUCCAACGUUAACGGCAGAGGGAGAGAACUGGAUCCUCCCCCUGGCCUUAAACUCAUUCUAAGUAGUGUUAGAUGUUAA